AUGCCAAUUAUUGCAGCUACUCGAGGAGAGAUGAUAUCGCCAACUGUUUUCUGCCCUGGCGAUGUCUAUGGAGCGCCUUUGUUCCCAAACUGUGACUUGAUUUCACAAACGAUUGUUGACGGCUGCCUCGAAUGUUUGUCCACCAUCCGCGAUUAUAAUUUCUUUCCCAUUGAUGACGCGCAAUCGGUUCGCGUAUGCUACAAUACUGCUGGGAGUACGCUUUUCCACCUUGCCAUCCAGCUGUGCCGCGCCGGCAACCUCGAAGAAGACGAUUUCGAGAGUAUUAUGAAAUGGCUAAUCAAAGCCUCCGGUUCAUCUGUCGGCGUUUGGGAUGACAUAUAUGUCCUCCCCGGGCCUUUUCACGGUGCUGUCGGCAUACCAAAUCUCCCUCUGGACCCUCCGACAAGUAUCCUCCAGCACGCUCUGGAACAAGCAUGGAUGCCCUUGGGUGUGACUGAGGACUUGAUUGUAUGGCAUAUGGGUUCUUCUCCAGUCCCGGACCCGAAGGUAGCGGCUAUGUUGGACCUAUGGACACGGUGGGAAAUUAUCCCACGGGUGUCCCUCAACAUCGCCGUUUGGGCUACGCUACACAAUGCAUCCCUUAGCCAAGCUGAGGAAGACCCGCUUCUUGCGAAUGGCCCGCAUGCCGCUGCUCGUCUGCCAUCAUCUCCAUCCCAGCUCUCAUUUGAGACACCGCUGCGCGUAGCCGUUUGA